GCGCGGCGGUGCCAUAUGCGCGGGGCGGCGCGCGGGGCGGUGCGCGGGUGUCGCUGAGGGGCCGCGCGCCGGUGCCGCCGCCAUGGGCAAGAAGCAGAAGAACCGGAGCGAGGAGAGUGCAAAAGAUGACAUUGAUAUUGAUGCCCUUGCUGCCGAGAUAGAGGGUGCGGGAGCUGCAAAGGAUCAAGAGCCUCAGAAAUCCAAAGGCAAAAAGAAAAAAGAGAAGAAGAAACAGGAUUUUGAUGAAGAUGAUAUCCUGAAGGAGCUGGAGGAACUGUCAAUAGAGGCGCAAGGAGGGAAAGUUGACAGGGAACAGCCUUCUACAGGAAAGGUUGAAAGCGACAAUGAAGAAAGCUUAUCAAAACAAGAUAAAAAAAGGAAAGGAAAGAGUAAAAAAGCCAAUCUGGAAAAUGACUAUGACAGUGAGGAAGUGGAAGAUAAAGAUAAAAAAUCCAAAAAACCUCAGAAAGCAAAACAAGACAUGCUUUCUGGCAGCGAUAAUGAUGAUCAUGAGACACAGCUUAAGAAAAGCAAAGGGAAAACUCAGAAGUCAAAUAAAAAACAAGAUUUGUCAGAAGAAGAUGAAACUAAUGUUAAGAAAAGCAAAGAGCGUGGGGGAGGAGUGUCUACAGGUGAGAGCGGUGAUGAAUCGGAUGAUGUCUCCCAGUCUAGAAAAGGACAAAAGAAAAACCAAAAGCCAAAGUCCGCUCCUGCUGCUGAAAGUGGGGAUGAUGAAGAAGAACCUUCAUUCAAAGUAAAAACGGUGGCCCAGAAGAAGGCAGAAAAAAAAGAACGCGAAAGAAAAAAACGUGAAGAAGAAAAAGCCAAACUCAGGAAGCAGAAAGAGAAGGAAGAAUUAGAAGGCGGUAAAGAACCAGCAAAGCCAAAAGAAUCUCUAAAAAAAUCCGAAGAGAAGGCAUCCCCUGAAAUCACAGCAGUCCCUGGCCCUGGGGAAAAAGGAGAGACUCCUGCAGGAACAGAGGCUGAUGACAAUGAGGGGGACAAAAAGAAAAAAGACAAGAAAAAAAAGAAGGGUGAGAAAGAAGAAAAAGAGAAAGAGAAGAAAAAGGGUCCCAGUAAAGCCACGGUUAAAGCAAUGCAAGAGGCCCUGGCUAAAAUGAAAGAGGAGGAGGAAAGGGCAAAAAGAGAGGAGGAAGAACGCAUAAGACGACUGGAGGAACUAGAAGCGAAGCGGAAAGAGGAGGAACGAUUAGAGCAAGAGAGGAAAGAAAGAAAGAAACAGAAGGAAAAAGAGAGGAAGGAGCGUUUGAAGAAGGAGGGAAAGCUUUUAACAAAAGCUCAACGAGAAGCCAGAGCCAGAGCAGAGGCUACUCUUAAACUACUCCAAGCUCAGGGUGUUGAAGUGCCAUCCAAAGACUCUGUGCCAAAGAAGAGGCCAAUAUAUGAAGACAAAAAGAGAAAGAAGCAGCAGCAGCCAGAAAAUAAAGAAGAAAGUGUGGAGGUAACUUCCCCAGCUGAAGAUGCUGUAGAACUGGAAACACCAGUGAAAGAGGACACUCCUCUUCCAGUAGAGCCAGUUUCAGAAGAAAAGGAGGAAGAAGAUGAAGCUGAAGAUGCAGGCUUGGAUGACUGGGAAGCUAUGGUUAGUGAUGAAGAUGGAGAGAAAGAGAGCAAACCUGUUCACAUUGAAGUCAAAGAACAAAAUGAAGUGGAUGAGGAAGAGGAGGAAGAAGAUGAGGAGGAGGAAGAGGAAGAAGAGAGUGAAGAAUCUGAAGAUAGUGAAGGCAGUGAAGAUGAGGAUGAAAAGACUUCAGAUGAGAGAGAGGCAGACUCCCAAGCUAUCAGAAAACAAUCUAUGGAAAAAAAGACCAGCAAGGAAAUUAGCUCUGAUUCUGAAACCGACUCUGACGAUGACCGCACUAAGGAAGAGCGUGCUUAUGACAAAGCUAAACGGAGAAUUGAGAAACGACGAGCUGAAAACAGCAAAAAUAUGAACACUGAAAAGCUCAGAGCACCAGUUAUCUGUGUCCUGGGGCAUGUAGACACGGGCAAGACCAAAAUUUUAGAUAAGCUCCGCCACACGCACGUGCAGGACAGUGAGGCUGGUGGUAUCACUCAGCAGAUUGGUGCCACUAAUGUUCCCCUUGAAGCCAUCAAUGAGCAAACCAAGAUGGUGAAAAAUUUUGACAGAGAGAACAUAAAAAUUCCAGGCAUGCUGAUAAUUGACACUCCAGGACAUGAGUCUUUCAGCAAUCUAAGAAAUAGAGGAAGCUCGCUUUGUGAUAUUGCUAUACUUGUAGUUGACAUCAUGCAUGGUUUGGAGCCACAGACAAUUGAAUCAAUAAAUCUGUUGAAAUCAAAGAAAUGCCCCUUUAUAGUAGCUCUCAACAAGAUUGAUAGGUUAUAUGAUUGGAAAAAAAGUCCAGAUACAGAUGUAGCUGUCACCUUAAAGAAGCAGAAAAAGAACACAAAAGAUGAAUUCGAAGAACGCGUAAAAGCUAUCAUAGUAGAAUUUGCAAAACAGGGCUUGAACGCUGCCUUGUAUUAUGAGAAUAAGGAUCGCCGCACUUUUCUUUCUCUUGUACCUACCUCUGCUCACACAGGGGAUGGCAUGGGAAGCCUGAUAGCUCUUCUCGUGGAGCUCACGCAAACUAUGCUGACUAAGAGGCUGGCUGAGUGUCAGGAACUGAGAGCUCAAGUCAUGGAGGUUAAAGCACUACCAGGCAUGGGCACUACCAUAGAUGUUAUUCUGAUUAAUGGACGCCUGAAAGAAGGAGACACCAUUAUUGUUCCUGGGGUAGAAGGUCCUAUAGUGACUCAGAUUAGAGGUCUUCUGCUACCUCCUCCUAUGAAGGAGCUACGAGUUAAGAACCAGUAUGAGAAGCACAAAGAGGUUGUUGCUGCUCAAGGUGUGAAGAUUCUUGGGAAAGAUUUGGAAAAAACAUUGGCUGGUUUGCCAUUGCUUGUAGCUUAUAAAGAGGAUGAAGUCCCAGUCCUCAAGGAUGAACUAAUACAUGAACUGAAGCAAACACUGAAUGCAAUCAAAUUAGAAGAGAAAGGUGUUUAUGUUCAGGCUUCUACUUUAGGCUCUUUAGAGGCAUUACUUGAAUUUCUUAAAACGUCAGAAGUGCCAUAUUCAGGAAUUAAUAUAGGUCCUGUCCAUAAAAAAGAUGUUAUGAAGGCAUCAGUAAUGUUGGAGCAUGACCCACAGUAUGCCGUCAUUCUGGCAUUCGAUGUGAGGAUUGAGCGCGACGCACAGGAAAUGGCUGAUAGUUUAGGAGUGCGUAUCUUUAGUGCUGAAAUAAUUUAUCACUUAUUUGAUGCCUUCACGAAGUAUAGACAAGACUACAAAAAACAGAAACAAGAGGAAUUCAAGCAUAUAGCAGUGUUUCCAUGCAAGUUGAAAAUCCUCCCUCAGUUCAUUUUCAACUCUCGUGACCCAAUAGUGAUGGGUGUUGUUGUGGAGGCCGGCCAGGUGAAGCAGGGGACUCCCAUGUGUGUACCCAGCAAAAAUUUCGUUGAAAUUGGAAUAGUUACAAGCAUUGAAAUAAACCAUAAACCGGUGGAUGUUGCAAAGAAAGGCCAAGAAGUGUGUGUUAAAAUAGAACCAAUUCCUGGGGAAUCACCUAAAAUGUACGGACGACAUUUUGAAGCAACAGAUAUCCUCGUCAGUAAGAUCAGUCGUCAGUCCAUUGAUGCUCUGAAGGACUGGUUCAGGGAUGAGAUGCAGAAGUCUGACUGGCAGCUUAUAGUAGAACUGAAGAAAGUGUUUGAAAUCAUCUAGAUAACUUUUUACAGCAAUGGGGAGGCAGGAAUAAAUGCACUCUUCCUGUUCUAAAAAAGUUACCAACAAAGUCGUAUAUUUAAGACAGUGUUGGAUAUAUGUUUGGGAGGAAAAUAUGUGGGUAAAAUGUUUUCCAUGAGAAACCAAGAAAUUUACACUGGUUUGACAGUGGUCAAUUUACAUGUUCCCAUGGUUCCAAUGUGCCUGUUCACCUCUCCUACUGCCCUUCCUAAUACUGGCUGCUGUUUUAAAGUUUGCCCUUCCUUCUCUCACACCUUCCUUCCACCCUCUGUCCCUCCCUCUCUCCAAAACAAAAUAAAUUGAAUUUUUAUUAAGAACUAAAGCUCUUUCACUUUUCUACUGAUGAGAGCAGUGCUGCAGUAUUUGAUUAACCAAGCUUCUGCAGACUUUGUGAUUCUCGGGACAUUUUUGAUGUAAGAAGUACUUCUUUAUUUAUGCAUACCUCUUCCCUUGACUUUCUUUUCCAACAUUCUUCUGCUUUGUGCCUAUAGAAAUUUUUUUAAAUAGAAAAUUAGGCAGUUGGAUAUCUCUGUAUUUGCUUUGUGUGAAACAAUGUUGUGAAGCAUAGCUGCCCACCUUUUACUGCUUGUACAGUUCAUGGAAGUCAACCUGUAAUCAUUAUAAUGCAGAGCCACAAAUAAAGGAGAUGGACAGAGUGUAGCCCAUUUGUUUCAGUUUGCUUCAGUAAUCAGUUUCACUCCAUGGGCUGUGGCAGAUGUGGAAAGGUCAGGAGGAGCUCUCUUGCCUCUCUCUCUUGGCAAAACGGUGGAGGCACAUUCCAGCAAAGGUGUCUCUUCCUCUGGCUGCACUUCCCCCUGCAGUGUGUGCAGGGUGCUGAUGUCCAUGUUCCUGAAGCACUGGAGUGGCAGGCCAGGUGUUCAGCACAGCACAACUCCCGGAGGAGUUCAGAGCUGGCAUCUCCUCUCCAGCUGCUGCUCAGAGCGGCGUCAGCACCUGCCAACAGCUGCCUGCCAGGGAGCUGCGACCUGGGAUGCUGCAUCAGAGCUGUUGGAUCAUCUGACACCGUGGGACUGAACCAGCUCCGAAGUGGAUGUUGUUUGUCAUGACCAGGAGUCAGCCUGUAAUUCCAGCGUUUUCCUACCCUACCUUCCCCUCUACCUCCCUGCUGGAUGACAGCUUGAUAUAUUCCUACUCAGGCUGUCUCUGGGUAUCUUACAGCUCAUGCUGACAGGAGCAAAACAAGCGCUCUUCAGAAGCACAAGCUGAAACAAAAUCAAGAAGGAUCUUUCAUCCAGCUGAGAUUUUUAGCAUUUAAGAUAUUUACAAGAAUUUAACUUGCAACAAGCAGUUUGAUCAGAUUUCUGUCACUUAGAUUACUUUUAUGUUGGAAAAAUCUGAAUGUUAUAAUUGGGAUUGUGUGGACUCGAUUACAAAGGAACAUUUAUUAACUCACCUUCUUUGCAAAUGGAAUUUAAUUUACCAGAAUUUUUUUUUUGGUUAAACUUCAAACUUGCCAUUGAAAAGGACUUUUUCAGUAUGGUUGGUGUGUGGUGCAAAUUCCCAUCACUGGGUGAACAGAAUUAUCAGAGGGAGAAGACUGCAUUUAAUUGUUAACAUUUUCUUUUGCAAACUAUGCAAUCAUGAAAACUACACUAAUAAAGUUCUUAAAAACACAGAUGUCAAA